UUCAUCUCCCAGCCGUCAACCAUGAAGAUUCUUAGCUACCUCCUGGUUUACCGGAGGUUCCUGCUCAUUGUCCUCACCCCACUGCUUUUACUUCCACUUCCACUUAUCAUCAAAACCAAAGAAGCAGAAUGUGCAUACACGUUGUUUGUAGUUGCGAUCUUUUGGCUCACAGAAGCUUUGCCUCUGGCUGUUUCAGCUUUGCUCCCUGCCUUUAUGUUCCCAUUGUUUGGUAUAAUGGAAUCCAAGGAGGUGGCAUCUGCUUAUUUUAAAGACUUUCAUCUGCUUCUGAUUGGAGUAAUUUGUUUGGCAACAUCAAUAGAAAAAUGGAAUUUUCACAAAAGAGUGGCUUUAAGAAUGGUGAUGCUGGUGGGUGUCAACCCUGCAUGGCUUACACUGGGUUUCAUGGUUAGCUGUGCUUUCUUGUCAAUGUGGCUCAGCAACACCUCUGCUACUGCCAUGGUGAUGCCAAUUGUAGAGGCUGUAGCUCAGCAGAUCAUCAGAGCUGAAGCAGAAGUUGAUGCGCUGGAGAUGUCUUGCUCUAACGGCUCCAUAAACCCGGCACUGGAGCUGGACGAAAAUACAGGAGAAUGUGAAAGCAGUGACUGCAAAAAGAACGAAAAACAAGUUAAUGGACAUUGUGACAACAAUGUGGGUAGUACCGUGUGCACAAUUGAAAAGGAAAACGAAAAAGAAAAGAAACAGCAGAACCUACCACCUGCUGAAACAGGGAAAAAAAGCAGAGAGGACAAAUACAGUGGGAUUUUCAAAGUGAUGAGCUUAUGUGUUGCUUAUUCUGCUACCAUUGGAGGGCUGACCACAAUUACAGGAACAUCAACUAAUCUGAUUUUUGCUGAGCACUUCAAUACACGUUACCCAGAUUGCCAGUGCAUCAACUUUGGAUCCUGGUUUAUCCUUUCCAUCCCUAUCACAGUUAUUAUUCUGCUGCUCUCCUGGGUCUGGCUCCAGUGGCUUUUCCUUGGGUUUGAUUUCAAAAACAUGUUCAAGUGUGGCAAGAAGAAAACAGCUAGAGAAGAGGCCUCAGCACAGGUGGUUCAGGAGGAGUACAAGAAGCUUGGACCAAUAAGCUACCCAGAAAUUGUUACACUUAUCCUAUUCAUUCUAAUGACUCUGCUGUGGUUCACCAGAGAUCCUGGCUUCAUCCCAGGAUGGUCUUCACUUUUCCCAAAGUAUAAAGGCUAUGCUACAGAUUCAACAACCGCCUUAGUGAUAGGAAUCCUGUUUUUUAUUAUUCCAGCAAAAACGUUUUCUAGGACUUCAAAUGGAGAAAACACUGUUUUUGGUUACACUCCACUGAUUACUUGGAAGGAAUUUCAGUCAUGCAUGCCCUGGGAAAUAGCUAUUCUUGUUGGUGGCGGGUUUGCACUGGCAGACGGCUGUGAGGUUUCAAAACUUUCUGAGUGGGUAGCAAGUAAAUUGACCCCUCUAGGAUCAUUGCCGUUGUGGCUGAUUAUCCUGAUAUCAUGCCUUAUUGUCACUUCAGUAACAGAAGUGGCCAGCAAUCCAGCAACCAUUACAAUAUUUUUGCCCAUACUAUCUCCUUUGGCUGAAGCCAUUCACGUGAACCCACUUUUCAUCUUGAUACCUGCUACUUUUUGUACUUCCUUUGCAUUCCUGCUUCCUGUAGCCAACCCAGCCAAUGCCAUUGUAUUUUCGUAUGGUCAUUUAGCUGUUACGGACAUGGUGAAAGCUGGUUUGGGCAUUAACAUCAUUGGAGUUGCUGUAGUUAUGCUUGCAAUUAUGACAUGGAUAGUGCCUAUAUUCGAUCUCUACACUUACCCAAGUUGGGCACCAAUCAUUCCUUCUACAAAUAGCACUGGGGUGUAAAAAACAAAAUAAUCCUGGGGAUUGGUUUGGAUUGGUUUUGUUUCUUUUCUUUUCCACUGACAUGUGGUGAAUCACUUAAAAUGCUUUUUGUCACCACAAUAAUAGGGAUCCACAUUACUGUAAAAACCAUAUUUCACUGUCCCAGAGACUGAUGAUCCAGUCUGAGAGUCUAAUCAGGAAGAGUGCUACACUUUCUAAAUAUCAUAAAUUUAGACCAAGUUUCUGAUCUAGUUCAGCCCGUCUGAAUUUUUAUAUGUUCAUGUUAUGAAGGAAAACAUUAAUGUGCAUAGCCAUUAUCACUGGCAGUUUGCCCCCAUUCUCAGGGUAGUGGAAUAUUGAGAUUCAGCUUUUAUUAUUUCAAAUACUUUUCUUAAUAUUACUUUUAUUAUAUUAUGGGGUUUGUCCAAGAACAUACUGUUUUUCUGUUUUCUAGAUUCAAACACUGUUUGAAAUGGUGUUGAUCACAAGCAAAAGAUCAGGCAGGGGAUUGUCUUGAACACAUAGUUUACAGGUCUGUCAAAAAUGCACAGAAAAUGGAGAAGAGCAGCACAGCCACUUAUGCAGCACUUUAUCUGUUAAGCACCUUGUAAUUUGGAAGGAGAAUAUAUACUUAAGCAUAUGUUUAGUCUACCUCCUUCCAGGACCUCACUGAAAUAUGUUCCUAGUAUUUUUCUGGACAGACAUGGAUCAAUAGAUCUGAGUUGAUUUGUAUGAAUAGGGACUAAAUUAUCAUCAUACCUCCCUGCCAAAAGUAGAGAUAUAUCCCCUUGAUGAAUGAAAGCACAAGAUAGAGUGCUGAAGACGUGAUGCUCAAUCCAUCAGUCAAGACUACAGUGCAUCUUCACCAGGAGGCUCAUGAUCUCUACAGGACAGGUGGCAGUUUAAGGUUUCUAGACUGUGUUAAUGGUUUAAACACAAAACAGUGCAAUGUAGUCAGAAUGGAAGUUUGGAGUUCAAAGAUUUCUUCAAGUCUGUGGGGCUGGACGGGAUCCACCCAAGAGUACUGAUGGAGCUGGCAGAGGAGCUCGCUAAGCCACUCUCCAUCAUUUACCAGCAGUCCUGGUUAACAGGAGAGGCCCCAGAUGACUGGAGGCUUGCCUGUGUGAUGCCCAUCUACAAGAAGGGCCACAAGGAGGAUCCGGGGACCUACAGGCCUGUCAGAUUGACCUCGGUACCAGGGAAGGUUAUGGAGUGGCUCAUCUUGAGUGAGCUCACCAAGCAUGUGCAGGACAACCAGGGGAUUAGGCCCACUCAGCAUGGCUUCAUGAAAGUCGGGUCUUGCCUGACCCACCUGAUCUCUUUCUAUGACAAGGUGACCCGCCCUAGUGGAUGAGGGAAAGGCUGUGGAUGUUGUCCACCUGGAAUUUAGUAAAGCCUUUGGCACUGUCUCCCACAGCAUCCUCCUAGAUAAGCUGGCAGCUCGUGGCUUGGAUGGGCGUACUCUGCGCUGGGUAAAAAACUGGUUGGAUGGCCGAGCCCAGAGACUUGUGGUUUAAAUCCACAGAUUUAGCAGAUUUAGCUAAAUCCACAGAGCUAAAUCCAGUUGGUGGCUGGUCACAAGCGGGGUUCCCCAGGGCUCAGUGUUGGGGCCAGCCUUGUUUAAUAUCUUUAUCAAUGAUCUGGAUGAGACGAUCGAGUGCACCCUCAGUAAAUUUGCAAAUUAAACCAAGUUGGGUGGAAGUGUCGAUCUGCUGGAGGGCAGGAAGGCCCUACAGAGGGACCUUGAUAGGCAGGAUUGAUGGACCGAGGCCAAUUUUAUGAGGUUUAAGAAGGCCAAGUGCCGGAUCCUGCACUAGGGUCACAACAACCCCACGCAAUGCUACAGGCUUGGGGAAGAGUGACUGGAAAGCUG